GGCGCAGCACUGAGGACCGCAGCUGCGUGAAUCUAUCCCUGGAGCCCGCGGUCUGAGCCAGGCCAGCGAUCUGAGACUGGACGGGCUGCCCGACCUUGCUGGCCGCAUUUGGGUCUGAAGAAGCCUGAAGAGGCUUCCGUGCAGGGGGAAGCCCCAAGCUGCAGAGGGCCUAUUGGAACUUUGCAGAGUUCGGGAUGUGCGGAGCCUGGUUCCAGAGGACUUAACUCCUCUCCUCUCCCUUCGCUCCCCUUCAACCCCGCCGUACUAGGAGCUUCGGACCUCCAGCUGUCUGGUCUGAUUUCGUGCCAAAGGGUGGCGAUUCUAUCCCGAUUUCCGUGCGCAUGCACGAUUGGCAGCCUGAGAGCCAGAUCCUAAAGCUGGGUGUCUUCCGACUCGGCUGCUAGUCCGGGUGUGAAAAUUUCGGGCGAGGGCCGCGCGGCUGAGGAGGCCGUGCUCGCUAUGGCGGAGCGGCUCGCAGGCCCCGGGCCCGGGGACUGGGAGAUUGACGUGGAGAGCCUGGAGCUGGAGGAGGACGGCUGCCGGGCGCCGCCGCUGGCCGAUGGGGACGGCGAGGAAGACGAGGACGAAGAGGACGAGGAGGAGGACGCAGAGGAAGAGGCAGACCGGGAGGAGGCUGGCUCGCCCCCUGGGGCUCCUGGCGGGCGGGAGCAGCAGGGGCGACAGUCGCCCAGGCCUCCGGCCGUGCCCCGCGCCCCGUCAGCUACCGCCGGGCCCUCCGAGCGCGGAGCCAACGCGGGCGGCGGCCCGGAGCCCCGCAAACUCAGCCGCACGCCCAAGUGCGCGCGCUGCCGCAACCACGGCGUGGUGUCCUGCCUCAAGGGCCACAAGCGCUUCUGCCGCUGGCGGGACUGCCAGUGCGCCAACUGCCUGCUGGUGGUGGAGCGCCAGCGCGUCAUGGCCGCGCAGGUGGCACUCCGCAGGCAGCAGGCCACCGAGGACAAGAAAGGGCUUUCUGGGAAGCAGAAUAAUUUCGAGCGCAAAGCACUGUACCAGAGGCAAGUCAGGGCGCCCAGUCUGCUGGCCAAAAGCAUUUUAGAAGGCUAUCGCCCCAUGACAGCGGAGACUUACCUAGGAGGAAACCUACCUCUACCUCCCCCAGUUAGUGACAGGAUGAGAAAAAGAAGGGCCUUUGCUGACAAAGAGCUGGAGAACAUUAUGCUGGAGAGAGAGUACAAAGAGAGAGAGAUGCUGGAAACUUCCCAAGCUGCUGCCAUGUUCCUGCCCAACCGCCUAGUGCCCGGACCUGAGUACAGCUCCUACAAAGGUGCCUACAGCCCCACGCCAGUGGAGCUGCCGAGUAAGGACUUCUGCAAUUUUUUGCCUACCUGCCUUGAUCUCACCAUGCAGUAUUCAGGAUCUGGGAAUAUGGAACUGAUUUCCUCCAAUGUUAGUGUGGCUGCAACGUACCGACAAUAUCCUUUGUCCUCAAGAUUUUUAGUUUGGCCCAAGUGCGGCCCUAUUAGUGACACCCUUCUCUACCAACAAUGCCUUCUAAAUGCCACCACCUCAGUUCAAGCCCUGAAACCUGUGGGCAGCUGGGACUUGAAGGGAACAAGGGUCUCGGAUGGGCUCAGCGCAGAACACAACAUGAUGCCACCCAAACUGGAAAACUCUCUGGUGCUGCCUCACCCUCUGGAGGUCCAGACCUCAAGGAGUGACUUUCAGGGUCACCAAGCCAUUCCUGAAAGAUCUGCCUUCUCCCCUCCCCAACAGAAUUUCUCUCCCGCUGUUGACACGGACUCCCUGGCAGCUCAAGGGCAUGUCUUAACCAAGAUCAGCAAAGAAAACAUGAGGCACCCUCUACCACUUAAGAAUAAUCCAUUCCACUCAUUAUUCCAGCAAACGCUUAGUGACAAACCAGGUCCUGAGCUGAAAAUACCAUUUGUCAAAGAGGCUUUUGAAGAGACCCCAAAGAAACACAGAGAGUGUUUGGUCAAGGAGAACCAGAAAUAUACAUUUACAAUAGAUAGGUGUGCAAAAGACCUGUUUGUAGCCAAGCAAGUUGGAACAAAACUCUCCGUGAAUGAACCACUGUCAUUUUCAGUUGAGUCUAUUCUUAAGAGGCCCUCAUCUGCCAUCACUCACGUCUCCCAGUGAAAGGCUGCUUAAAUGGAAAGGUGGAUUUUUCUGCCGUCUCAGAUGGUUCUUGCCAUACAUUUGCUGUUUUUUUUUUUAAAGUUAAAAUGUUUGUAUAAAGAAAAUUUUAAUGUAAACAAUGAUGAUUUCUAAAAAUUCUAUAUAUUCAUAUGCAUGUUCCUUUUCUUAUCACAUAAAUAUAUUUAAACUUAAGAUGGAAAUUGCUUAAUGUGCAAGCUGUAGAGUUCUAUGUCUGAUAUAGCAUUUCAGAAAGAAAUAAAACUGACACUGUCUUCUAAAGGAUCC